AUGCCCUUAAACUUAAGCACUCAAGAAGCCUUUGCACACAUACUAAGGGUCGACAGGGGUAUUCAGGAGCACAUGCUCGACCCUCCAAACACAAUUAGACUGAUGGACCCCCCUUCACAGACACAAUACACCUCCCCCUCUUGGCUAACCCGCGGGAGUCGGGUGGUCGGAGCCAUGCUGGGCGCCGUCAAGGAGUGGCUCAACGGGUGCCGGGAGUCACGCAAGUUGAUCCUCGUGAUUGUGGCUAUCGCCCUCCUCCUUGACAACAUGCUCCUCACCACUGUAGUGCCCAUCAUCCCUAAGUAUCUGUACCAGUUGCGCCACCCCAACUCCACCGCCCCGGCUCCUAUCGACACCAGCCCCAGCACCAUCACAACCCCAACCACAACAACCCUCCCGCUCCAGCUCCGUGCACAGUAUGAAGGGUGUGCGCCGUGUAGGUGCGCGUGGGAAGGUGAGGGGGGCGCCGGCCCCCCCGAACCAGCACCAACGGAGCCCCCUACCACGACCCCCCGGUGCCCCCCGCCGCUGCCCCCUCUCCCAGACCACGACCCGGGCCGGCCAGAUCCUUCCAUGGAAUUCUUGAAGAACGGGACGUCGCCGGAGUCGCCUGUAGGAGAGGCAGCAGCAGUAGAAGCGACGAGGGACCCGAGGAAGUACACAGCCUCUGGCAUGAGUCACGAAGACCUGGUCAACGAGAACGUGGAGGUGGGACUGUUGUUCUGCUCCAAGGCCGUGGUCCAGCUCCUCACUAACCCCUUCAUCGGCCCUCUUACCCACAGGUCAGUUCACUCAUGUUACGUCAGGUUGGCUGAACGACGAGACGUCAGAUUAACGUCAGGUUCGUCGAGUAAUGUUUUAAUAACAGAGGAUCAACGUUAUCUACGUCAGUUCACGGUCACAACUCCGUCGCGGAGAUUACAAACUGACUUCGUUA